CCAUUUCCCAGCCGGCCCGGAGCGGCAGUGUAUUUCUCUGCCACCGUCUUGUACAGGAAGAUCAAGACUAUUUUUGUGAGAAGAAAACAUGCCUCCAAAAUUCAAGCGUCACCUAAAUGAUGAUGAUGUCACCGGCUCAGUGAAAAGCGAAAGGAGAAACCUUUUAGAAGAAGAUUCCGAUGAGGAGGAGGACUUUUUCUUGAGAGGACCUGCAGGACCAAGGUUUGGACCCAGGAAUGACAAGAUCAGGCAUGUCCAGAACCAGGUGGAUGAAGUCAUUGACGUCAUGCAGGAGAACAUCACCAAGGUGAUUGAAAGGGGAGAGAGACUGGAUGACUUACAGGAUAAAUCAGAAAGUUUAUCAGACAAUGCAACAGCAUUCAGCAACCGAUCCAAACAGCUUCAAAGACAGAUGUGGUGGCGAGGGUGCAAGAUGAAGGCCCUUGUUGCGUUGGUUGCUGUCGUCCUCUUGCUAGUGAUCAUUAUCCCUAUCAUCCUGAAAUACCACACUUGACUUGAUGGCUAGAGAGCUCUGUGGAAGCGGCUCUGGGAUGAUAAAGCUGCUGUGUAAUUUAAAUGAAACAUAUGUAUAUAACUGAGGUGAUUUUUUUCAAGAUGGUGAAAGAGGCAAGUAGCCAGUUCUAACUAGGGCAUUCUGAGAACUGCCAAAUGACCCUUUUCCACAUACACUGAUUUAUAACAAGGUUGAAUGUCCAAACCCUAUUUUUUGCUAUAUUCCAGGAAUCCCAGUUUGGAACUAGCUACUUGCUAAUACAUUUUAUUUGUGUAUAUAUAGUUAAGUAGUAAUGAGGUUAUUUAUAAUUUAAACACAGUUUCCUACUGCCAGCUGCCGAAGGUAGGAGCUCAGUUGUUUCAUGCAAGUGAAGGAGGAGGAAAGUAGCAUUAUGUUAAAGGGAAUCUAACCAUUCUGUGAAUAAUUGCAAGGAUGUCACUUUCUCAUGUUUUUUU